CCGCCGCCCGCCGCCCGCUCCGGCGCCGCAGCCCGGGAGUCGGCCGCCCCCGCGCGCGCUGGGGCCUCCCGCCAGCGCUCUCCUCCCCCACCCCCUCCCGGCUCGGCGGGCCCAAGCCCUCGGGCCCGCCCCCAUCCCGAGCCCGCCUCCCGGGCAGCCCUCGGAUCGGCCGGGCCCGCGCAGGCCCCCGACCCGGCAGCACGAUGUUCCCCCGCCCGCUGACCCCGCUGGCGGCCCCACAUGGCGCCGAGCCCCUGGGACGGGCGCUGAGGCGGGCCCCCCUGGGCAGGGGCCGGGCCGGGCUGGGCGGGCCGCCCCUGCUGCUGCCGUCCAUGCUAAUGUUCGCGGUGAUCGUGGCCUCCAGCGGGCUGCUGCUCAUGAUUGAGCGGGGCAUCCUGGCCGAGAUGAAGCCGCUUCCCCUGCACCCUCCCAACCGCGAGGACGCGGUCUGGCGCGGGACGGUCCCCAGGCCUGGGAGGCUGUCCCUGGAUGCGGGGGACGCGGACUUGCAGGUGAGGCAGGACGUCCGGAACCGGACCUUGCGGGCAGUGUGCGGACAACCGGGCAUGCCCCGGGACCCCUGGGACUUGCCCGUGGGGCAGCGGCGCACCCUGCUGCGCCACGUCCUCGUGAGUGACCGCUACCGAUUCCUCUACUGCUACGUGCCCAAGGUGGCCUGCUCGAACUGGAAGCGGGUGCUGAAGGUGCUGGCGGGUGUCCUGGACAACGUGGACGUCCGCCUCAAGAUGGACCACCGCAGCGACUUGGUGUUCUUGGCAGACCUGCGGCCUGACGAGAUUCGCUACCGCCUGCAGCACUAUUUCAAGUUCCUGUUUGUGCGGGACCCUUUGGAACGCCUUCUUUCUGCUUACCGCAACAAGUUUGGCGAGAUCCGAGAGUACCAGCAGCGCUACGGGGCUGAGAUCGUGAGGCGGUACAGGGCUGGAGCGGGGCCCAGCCCGGCGGGGGACGAUGUCACCUUCCCAGAGUUCCUGAGAUACCUGGUCGACGAGGACCCGGAGCGCAUGAACGAGCACUGGAUGCCCGUGUACCACCUGUGCCAGCCUUGUGCUGUGCACUACGACUUUGUGGGCUCCUAUGAGAGGCUGGAGGCAGAUGCCAACCAGGUGCUGGAGUGGGUGCGGGCACCGCCCCAUGUCCGAUUCCCAGCUCGCCAAGCCUGGUACCGGCCAGCCAGCCCUGAAAGCCUGCACUACCACCUGUGCAGUGCCCCACGGGCCCUGCUGCAGGAUGUGCUGCCUAAGUAUAUCCUGGACUUCUCCCUCUUUGCCUACCCACUGCCUAAUGUCACCAGGGAGGCCUGUCACCAGUGACCAUGGAUGUGGGCCAGCAGUUGUGGGAGACUGGUUUCGGCAAUGCCAGCUUCUGUGUUGCCAUACAGAGAAACCCUGGCUCUGUGGCCUGAGGCUUCUCCAGAUGCCUAGAUGGAAGGGACUGCCCUUGGAAGUUCCUUGUCGAGGCUGGGUGCCCUCCAUAGGGGGAUUUCUUGGGAGCUGGUGUGACCUUUCUUGCCCUGGCAGGGCUAGAUACCAGUUUGCUACUGAAGCAACACAUCACUUCUCAAGACUGGCUCCACGGUCCUGCCUGCAUGGAUUGUGCAGUCCACUUGAUCCACCUUAAUUUAACCUGUCACCAAAGCCAGAGGUGGCACCAAUCAGGAACAUGAGCAGGGCUGGGGGCCCUGUGGCUCUGAUCACCCGUUCAUCCAAUCCAUGUGCCUCAGGGCUGGAGUCAGCAGUCGUGCCUUAUAAAUGACUUUUGUAUCUUUCUGCUUCAGACCUAGAAUUUCCUACACUUGCCAGGUUCUUUCCAUUUUUUCCAAGGAAAGGAAAACUGAAAGGGCCCCUGCCUGGUAGCUCCAGGACCUGUCCCUGCAGCAUCCAAAGACCCCUGCGUCCAGCCUCUUCUUUGGACUCUGGGCACUUUCUCCCCCCACCCAGGGUUGUGACUGUGGCUGGUGUAUCUGGCUGCCACUUUUCUGAUGCAUUUAUUUAAAAUUUGUACUUUUUGAUAGAACCUUUGAGAAGGCUUUGUUUUCCUAAUACCUGAAUUUUUAAUAAAGCC